UAUAGUGUUCUCAUGGCCAGAUACAUCAACAGCUCUCGUACCCUGAACCAGAAUUUGACUACAGGGGAAAUAUUCAAUGCCUCAGACCCAGAGGACAUCGUUCAUGCAAACAUCUCAAAAAAGAACUGGCCAGCCUUGCUGAUUCUCAUCAUCAUUGUACUGACUGUGGGGGGCAAUAUAUUAGUGAUCAUGGCAGUCGCACUGGAGAAAAAGCUACAGAAUGCCACAAACUACUUCCUAAUGUCACUAGCCGUUGCCGAUAUGCUGGUGGGAAUUUUAGUUAUGCCAGUUUCACUAAUUACUAUUCUCUACGACAAUAUCUGGCCUUUCCCAGAAAAAUUGUGCCCCAUCUGGAUUUACUUGGAUGUUCUCUUUUCUACUGCAUCCAUCAUGCAUCUGUGCGCAAUAUCACUGGACCGUUACAUUGGAAUACGGAAUCCUAUUGAGCACAGUCGCUUCAACUCACGAACCAAAGCUAUUAUAAAACUAGCUGCUGUCUGGACCAUUUCAAUUUGCAUUUCAAUGCCAAUCCCUGUCAUCGGCAUUCAAGACGAAUCCAGAGUUUUCAUUGACAAGAGCUGUGUUAUUAAUGAUGAAAGUUUUGUCCUUGUGGGUUCAUUUGUGGCAUUCUUUAUUCCACUGAUUAUAAUGGUCUUCACGUAUUGCCUGACUAUCCAGGUACUGCAGAAACAGAUCUGUGUAUUUUUAGGAGACCAAAAACAGAAGCGAAUAAGCUUGCAUGUCUUUAAAAAGGACAACUUAGGGGAAAAUGCUACAGUGAUACAAAGAUCAGAGACACCAAAUGUAAGUCCAAAGCCACCGUUAAAUAAGGAAUCUCGGCUCUUCCGGAAAGGAACCAUGCAUUCGAUCAAUAAUGAACAGAGGGCUUCCAAAGUUCUUGGAAUUGUCUUCUUUUUGUUUGUUGUCAUGUGGUGCCCAUUCUUCAUCACCAAUGUCAUGUCUGUUAUCUGCAAAGAUUCUUGCAAUAAAGCCAUCAUUGGAGAGCUGCUCAACGUGUUUGUUUGGAUUGGUUAUACCUCAUCUGGUGUCAAUCCCUUAGUUUACACGCUCUUUAAUGGAACCUACCGCCGAGCUUUUUCCCACUAUAUUCGUUGCCAUUACAGUAUUAGAAGAACCAGAAAUCACUUCACAAUCGUUGCUUCCACAUCUGCAAUAUAUGACAGAAAUUUGGAAAUGACCACCAUGAACAAUGGAAAUAAAGCAGUGAGUAAUGAACUGAGAGUCCCUGAAGAAAAACUACAUGCAGCACUGGGAUCGAUGGAGUCUUCUAUGGACAACUGCAUCAUUAUCAGUGAAAAAGUUAGCUGUGUGUAA